AUGAAUAACAUCCACGCUCCCACGGUACCAUCGGGACCGACCACCAGCGCCGCGAAAAACGGCCACCUCCACCGCUUGAACUUUGCCGAGUUGCAGAAGAAGAAAGAUGACAUGGAGGCCGAGCUCAAAGCUCUCGGCGCAGUCCUUGAUUCUCAUGGUGUUGACAUGAGCACUCCUCUCACUACCCGUGACGGUUUCCCAAGAGCAGAUAUUGACGUCGCCCAAGUGCGCACGACCAGAGCCCGCAUAAUUCACCUCCGCAACGACCACAAAGACCUCAUGGUAUUGGUGGAGAAGCAUCUCCACGAACACUUUGCGAGUCUGCAGGAAGAUGACGAGACGCAGCCGGCACCAUCAAGAGGCGACAUUGGCUUGCUGCCCGACCAUGUGGCGUUGGAAACACUACAGGAGCCUUUCGCCAAAGUCAACAGUGUUGUCCCUGGCAGCCCAGCCGAUGAGGCUGGUCUAAAGCCCAAUGACGAGAUUCGAAAUAUUGGCUACGUCAGCCUUGCGAACCAUGACAAUCUCAAGAAGGUUGCCGAGUGUGUCCAGGGGAAUGAAGGUACUCGCACCGAGCCAACUCAUCGAGCGAUUGCGAACAUGGCUGCCGCUCAGCAGACGCCCACCUUCAAGCUUGUCCUUGUUGGCGAUGGUGGUACUGGAAAGACCACCUUCGUCAAGCGCCACUUGACUGGUGAAUUCGAGAAGAAGUACAUGGCUACCCUGGGUGUCGAGGUUCACCCUCUGGGUUUCACCACGAACUUCGGUCAGAUUCAGUUCGACGUCUGGGAUACCGCCGGCCAGGAGAAGUUUGGCGGUCUCCGUGAUGGAUACUACAUCAACGGCCAGUGCGGUAUCAUCAUGUUCGAUGUCACCUCCCGUAUCACCUACAAGAACGUCCCCAACUGGCACCGCGAUCUCGUCCGCGUUUGCGAGAACAUCCCCAUUGUCCUCUGUGGCAACAAGGUCGACGUGAAGGAGCGCAAGGUCAAGGCCAAGACCAUCACCUUCCACCGAAAGAAGAACCUCCAGUACUACGAUAUUUCCGCCAAGUCUAACUACAACUUCGAGAAGCCCUUCCUCUGGCUCGCGCGCAAGCUUGUUGGCAACCCUGCUCUGGAAUUUGUUGCCGCGCCGGCUCUCGCCCCCCCUACCGCCCAGGUUGAUGAGAAGCUUCUUGAGCAGUACCGCAAGGAGAUGGAUGAGGCUGCCAACAUGCCCCUGCCCGGUGAGCUGUCGGACGAGGAUCUGUAA